GACGUGACCGGCACACUCAGGGCUUGACCCGCGCGCGGACACAAAAGAGGCCGGAAAGUGUCCGGAGGAAGCGGCACGUCACGAGGGCCGGAGCCGGGACCCUGGCACGGCCGCCCAGCUGCGUCCCGCGUACACGGGCCGCACCGCCAGCCGCGCUCCCGCCACCGCCUGCUCCGCGGCCGCCGCCAAUGAGACUCCUCCCGCUCCUAGUGGGUUUUUCCACUUUGCUGAAUUCUUCCUACACUCAAAAUUGCACCAAGACACCUUGCCUUCCCAAUGCAAAAUGUGAAAUACGGAAUGGAAUUGAAGCCUGUUACUGUAACAUGGGAUUUUCAGGAAAUGGUGUCACAAUUUGUGAAGAUGAUAAUGAGUGUGGAAAUUUGACCCAGCCCUGUGGUGAAAAUGCCAACUGCACUAACACAGAGGGAAGUUACUACUGCAUGUGCGCCCCUGGUUUCAGAUCCAGCAGUAACCAGGACAGGUUUAUCACUAAUGAUGGAACCAUCUGCAUGGAUAUAGAUGAGUGCAGUGAAUCAGCUGCCUGUGGAGAUCAUGCAGUGUGUGAAAACGUGGAUGGUGGGUAUAAUUGCUCCUGCGAGGAAGGUUAUCAGACAUCCACAGGAAAAUCGCAGUUCACACCUAAUGAUGGCACUUACUGCCAAAAAAAUGUGAGUGCAAACUGCCAUCUAGAUAAUGCCUGUAUUGCUGCAAAUAUUGAUAGAAUGUUAAUAAAAUUUAGACAAAUAAAGGAACCUGUGACUUUGCUGCAAGAAGUCUAUAGAGAUUCUGUGAAAGAUCUUUCGCCGACGGAUAUAAUUACAUAUGUAGAAAUAUUAGCUGAAUCAUCCCCAUUACUGGGUGACAUGAAUAGCACUAAUUCAGCCAAGGAUGCCCUUUCUAAUGCAACUCUUACUGAAUUUGUAAAAACUGUGAAUAAUUUUGUUCAAAAGGAUGCAUUUAUAGUUUGGGACAAGUUAUCUAUGAAUCAUAGAAGAACUCACCUCACAAAACUGAUGCAUGUUGCUGAACAGGCUACCUUAAGGAUAUCUCAGAACUUCCAAAAGACUAUUCAAUUCGAUACUAAUUCAAGUGAUAUAGCUCUCAAAACUUUCUUUUUUGAUUCACAUCACAUCAAACAUACUCAUCCCUAUAUGAAUGUGGAUGGAGAUUAUAUAAAGAUAUUUCCGAAGAGAAAAGCUGCAUAUGAUUCAUAUGGCAAUGUUGCAGUUGCAUUUUUAUAUUAUAAGAGUAUCGGUCCCUUGUUUUCAUCAUCUGACAACUUCUUAUCGGAACCUCAAAGUUCUGAUAAUUCUGAAGAGGAAGAAAGAGUCAUUUCUUCAGUGAUUUCAGUCUCAAUUAGCUCGAACCCACCCACGUUGUAUGAACUUGAAAAAAUAACAUUUACAUUAAGUCACAUGAAGACCACAGAUAAGUAUAGGAGUCAAUGUGCAUUUUGGAGCUACUCGCCUGACACCAUGAACGGCAGCUGGUCUUUGGAGGGCUGUGAGCUGCUGUCCUCAAAUGAGACCCACACCUCAUGCCGCUGUAAACACCUGACACAUUUUGCAAUUCUGAUGUCUUCUGGUUCUUCCAUUGGUAUUAAAGAUUAUAAUAUUCUUACAAGGAUCACUCAACUAGGAAUAAUUAUUUCACUGAUUUGCCUUUCCAUAUGCAUUUUUACCUUCUGGUUCUUCAGUGAAAUCCAAAGCACCAGAACAACAAUUCACAAAAAUCUCUGCUGUAACCUAUUCCUUGCUGAACUAGUUUUUCUUGUUGGGAUCAAUACAAAUACUAAUAAGCUCUUCUGUUCGAUCAUCGCCGGGCUGUUGCAUUAUUUCUUUUUAGCUGCCUUUGCAUGGAUGUGCAUUGAAGGCAUCCACCUCUAUCUCAUUGUCGUGGGCGUCAUCUACAACAAGGGCUUUCUGCACAAGAACUUUUAUAUCUUUGGCUAUCUCAGCCCGGCGGUGGUGGUUGGCUUUUCAGCGUCACUGGGAUAUAGAUAUUACGGCACCACCAAAGUAUGUUGGCUUAGCACAGAGAACAACUUUAUUUGGAGUUUUAUAGGACCAGCAUGUCUAAUCAUUCUUGUUAAUCUCUUGGCUUUUGGAUUUAUCAUAUACAAAGUUUUUCGUCACACUGCAGGGUUGAAACCAGAAGUUAGUUGCUAUGAGAACAUAAGGUCUUGUGCCAGGGGAGCCCUUGCUCUCCUGUUCCUUCUUGGCACCACCUGGAUCUUUGGGGUCCUCCAUGUUGUGCAUGCAUCAGUGGUAACAGCUUACCUCUUCACCGUCAGCAAUGCCUUCCAGGGGAUGUUCAUUUUCUUAUUCCUGUGUGUCUUAUCUAGAAAAAUUCAAGAAGAAUAUUAUAGAUUAUUCAAAAAUGUUCCUUGUUGUUUCGGAUGUUUAAGAUAAGAAUAGGGAACUAUGGAUAAUUGUUGCUACACAUAAAAAAGCCAAGCUGUGGACAGCCAACGUAUAAAAAUGACUUGAACCAAUUUUCUAAUUAUUAAUUACUACAUAAUCAACUAUUUUAAAUCAGUUUUUCUGUUACAGUGUAGGAACUGUAGAUAAGAUACCAUAAUUAUGUACCAUAUGGCUAUAGUUUGCUUUCCUACACGACAUAGUUAGUUAUGUCAAAAUAGUAUUGCAGAUAUGUGAAAAGUAAUUGGUUUCUCAGGAGUGAUAUCACUGCGCCCAAGGAAAGGUUUUCUUUCUAACACAAGAAAUAUAUGAAUGUCCUGAAGGAAACCACUGGAUUGAUAUUUUUGUGACUCAUGUUGCCUUUGAAACUAGUCCCCUAUCACCUUAGUAAUGAGCUCUGUUACAGAAAGUGGAAUAUGAGAGAAUGAAGGGGCAGAAUGUAAAGCAGGCAAAAGGAAAUGGCUAUUAUACCAAUGAGAUAUAUUUUGAGUAAACUUGUUUUUCGGUAAACUAAAUGAGAAAUUAUAGAUAAAAUAAUUGAACAAACACAUCUUACCAUUGUGUGAAUUGUUCUGAACUUAAAUUUCUACUAAAACAACUCAGAUUUAUAUUUGUUAUAUCCAUUUUCUUUCCUAAUAUUCUAAAAAAGACACAAAAUUUCACAAAUGAAAUGACAAACAAUUAUGUUCUGUUUUUUAGGUUAACAUCAUAAUGAGGUAUAUGCUGUUUCUAUACUUAUUUCAUAUAUUACAAUACAUAAAUGUGUCAAAUUAUAAUAUUGUUUGUGGCUGUAAAUGUAAAAAUAGUGUAUAUAAAGCUGAAGUAUUCUAUUCUAUAACCUUUCAGUUAGUGAAAAAUGUUGUUAUCUCAUUAGGCUGGUAUAUUUGAGUUCUUCAUUCCUUUUAAUUUUAGAAAUAUUAUAGCUCACAUCACAAUAUUCCCUUUUAACUUACUAUUUUUAAAAGGGCAUUGUAAAUAUGAAAGUAUUCAGAAAGUGAAUUGCUAUUUUUUUCUGUUCAGAAAAGUACACAUUUAAAAAUGUUAUUUAUAGCAAAGAAAUCACUGAGAACUGUAGAAAUGUUCACAGUGGAUCUAUUUUCUGACAGUUUUCUACUAUCUAUUAAAGCAUAUCUGCUUAAGUGUAUGGCUUCUAUCUAUCCUCAAAUCUUCUCAUUAAAAUGUAGAAGCAGUGAUUUUAUUUCAAAAAUAUGUAAUGAUCUGCACCUACCUGUAGAAGUAUGCCAAUACACUAACUGUCGUGAUUUUAAAUUAAUUUCUCCAGCUGUUAAAAUGAAGUCUGUCAAAAUUUGCUCUAACAAAUAAAAUGUUAUCUAAAUGAA